CCACACACGUUUCCUCCUUGCCCCAUAUAUAUACAUGACCCAACCAACACAACAACAAAAGCACCCAUUGAAAAAACCCAAGUUAGUUCUUCGACGAGAGAACCAACAGGCAAAAUCGUACUCAGAAAAGGAGGGAAACCAAACUUCUUCUUUUUUUGUAUCGUAAAUCAGGACAUCCAUCGUCGACAACAGUGAUCGAAUCAUCGAGCAACAAUGGGAGGAGCUCGUUCCUCGGCUUCUCCUUCUUCUUCGUCACCUUUCCUUCUCCUAGUCAUGAUGAUGGCCGUCGUCGUCGGCCUGUUUCCUUGUUCGUCGACCUCCUUCAGCCUGAAAUCCGCGAAGUCCUUCCUUCGUAGCAACUUCGAGAACGAUUCUCCAUUUCGCGACGACUUCUUGUUUGGAACUGCAGCCUCUUCCUACCAGUUUGAAGGAGCGUAUUUGAGUGAUGGGAAAGGAAUCAGCAAUUGGGACGUUCACAGCCAUACCCCAGGCAAGAUCGUCGAUGGAAGCAAUGGAGAUGUUGCCGUCGAUUCUUAUCACCUCUAUCAGAUAUUAACAAGUGGGACAUGAGGAGUGGAGGUCCUUGAUGACAAGUCUUACACCUACUAUUUUUCCCCAAUAAUGUCAAUAUGUCCUAUUUCUAGCCAAUUGAAGACAUUAAGCUAAUGAAAUCACUUGGAGUCAACAGCUACCGGUUCUCCAUUUCUUGGGCACGCAUACUACCUAAAGGAAGAUUUGGAGAGAUAAAUCAAGCCGGAAUCGCAUACUACAACGAGCUUAUCGACGCUCUCGUGCUUAAAGGAGUCCAACCAUUUGUGACGCUCUGCCAUUUUGAUAUGCCGCAAGAAUUGGAAGACCGAUAUGGGAGUUGGCUAAGCUCGGAAGUUCAGGAGGAUUUUGGGUACUACGCUGACAUCUGUUUCAAGUACUUUGGCGACAGAGUGAAGUAUUGGUCGACUUUCAACGAACCAAACUUCCAAGUCACCUUCGGUUACCGGGAUGGCACUUUCCCGCCAUCCCGCUGCUCGGGGCACUUCGGUAAUUGCACAGCCGGGGACUCCGAAACGGAGCCGUAUAUAGCCGCCCACAACAUAAUCCUCUCUCAUGCAGCCGCCGUCGACGUCUACCGCACCAAAUACCAAAAGGACCAGAAGGGCAUGAUCGGAAUUGUACUCCACUGCGCUUGGUUCGAACCGUUCAGCGAAUCAGAAGCCGAUGGGUUGGCCACGGACCGGGCCAAUGCUUUCUUCGCGAACUGGUUCUUCGACCCGAUCGUGCUUGGUCGGUACCCGGAAGAGAUGAGCCGGGUUCUCGGGUCGACCCUGCCCGAGUUCUCGAGUAAGGAUAUGGAGAAGCUUAAGCAAGGGCUGGAUUUCUUGGGGAUCAACCAUUACACGAGCUACUACAUCAAGGAUUGUAUCUACUCUGCUUGUGAGCCUGGGCUUGGAACUACCAGGAGUGAAGGUUCGUUCCAGACAAUCCAGGAGAGGGAUGGAUUCCCAAUGGGGAAACGAGUAAGUUUUUUUUCUUUCUUUCGCUUGUUGGAUUUGCAGGGUGAUUUGGGUUGGCAAUACAUUUACCCACAAGGAAUGGAGAAAAUGGUGACAUACUUAAAAGAUAGAUACAACAAUGUGCCUAUGAUUAUCUCAGAAAAUGGGUAUGGUGAGAUGAACAGUCCAAUGCUCACUACUGGAGAUUUCCUCAACGACGUGAGAAGAGUAGAGUACAUGUCUGGGUAUUUGGAAUCACUCAUGGCUGCAAUAAGGAAAGGCGCAGACGUGAGAGGGUACUAUGCUUGGUCGUUGCUCGACAACUUCGAGUGGACCAACGGUUAUACCCAGAGGUUCGGGAUCUGCCACGUCGAUUACAACACUAUGGAGAGAACUCCGAAGCUAUCGGCGAAAUGGUUCAAAGGAUUCAUCGAUAAGUAUGGCAAGACACCCAGAGCCAUGAUGUGAGUGAAUGGGGAUCAACCCAUAUGGCAGAAGGAAAUAGCUUUGUUUUUUUUGUUAGGGUCGCUUAGAAGUUUGUCAUUGUUCGUUAUCACUAAGCCAAACUUGUAAUUAUCAAUAGAGAAAGAUAGAAAACGAGGUGCAAUUGAUUCAUUGUCAAUAUGUUAAUGAUAUGAAAUUGAUUGAUUGGUUCAUUGUUGAAUGCAAGCAAAUACAUUGACUGCG